AUGGAUACACCUGCGUUGUCAAACGAUACUUCAGAGCAAGUAGCAUUUCAAGUAUCAAUUCAAUCCACCACCACAUCGCGAAUACCACUCUCUGAAGCGCAACAAGAAAUACCAGAAACACCCAGACCAUCGCCUGUAUCCUGCGAGGUGUACCACGAGGGAAUUCCCGCAUCGGUAGAACACAAACGCUUAUCCGAACUAAAAAAAGUCGUCAGUGAAUAUGCGUCAAAAGAAGCGAACGUAAAUGGACCUGGCGUGGCCAAAGGAAGUGCUACAUCUCUUUCUCAGAGUGCAAUGGGCAAAUAUGCGACGGCUAUUAGUAAAGAGACAGGUAUCCCUCAUUCGGCAAUUCAGACCGUGGAGAUGGCGGAUAAACAAAUCGAUGCGACACGACUAGCCAAGGAAUUGAAGGUUGAGGCCGAACAACGCAAAUUCUUUGAAAUCGUGACGCAAGGAGAAGUCAUACCGCGUGGUCCAGCCAAAAAAGUGGAAGAAGCUUCCGAGAGGUUGGAAAAAGUCGCAAGUCUUGAUGGUAAUACCGAUAGUAAUGAAGCCACUACGACGAUGCCGGAAGGGGGUGAAUCCGUGCGCGAAUGCGUGCCUCCGUCUGUUGGAAUGGAAUAUCUUACAGGUUUAACGGAUAAUGCGACUGUUGAAGUAAUUUUUGAGACAGACGAUAGUUCAACCUUUGCUCAUGAUCUCUUUAACGAAUAUGCAUUUCCCGCUACGGUCGUAGAAGCCAAUAUUUUACCAGAUGAAACACAAACUACAGACACAGAACCUCCGCACAGACGCCAGCUAGGGGAUGAAUUGAAGGCGAAAGCAAGCGAUUUAUUAGCGAAUAUGCUGGAAGAGGCGGUCGAGGACGAAAUCGUCGAUAGGGUGACUGAAAUGUAUCCGCUACGUUCACCUCAAGCAGAUCUUACAGGUUCGGUGCCCGAAGAUAUCCCACAUGAACAAGAGCUUGCUCACUUGGCUGCUUUGAAAUAUGUUGCUCUCAGACAUGAUCGUGAGGAUCAAGUAGAACGUGGUAGGAUUGUGAGUCUUAUACAGAAUGCAAUAAGCAAAUAUAUGGCGGCUAUGUCUGCAGAGACAGUAAUGCCUCCUUACCAAUCCGCGCAACAAAACGUCGAACUCCCAGAAGAAAUAGAUGAAGAGAAACUUUUGCUAGCCUUAAAGCUUGAGGUUAAUCGACGUCGUAAAAACGAAAUGUGCGGAAGUGGGAAAUUAAAAGGCGAGUCAAAUUGGCCUGCUGCUAUGGCAGAACAAGCCGUUCAGUCAUUUGAAGAGGCCGUCAAAGUGUCGAAAAUGAUUAAAGAGCCGAGCAUCACGACCGUCACUACUACUAACAUUGUCCAUAGUGUGAUCAUCGAACAUGUGACUGAAAUCUUGCAUACUGCGCUCUACAUUACAUUUUCUUCCGUACCGCUGUCAGCUAUGGCCUCUGCUGAACUAGUUGAACAAGACAAACAUGUGCUGACACCCGAAUUCGAGGAAUCAUCUUUUGAAAUUGUAACCCAAUAUAUUUCAGAUGACGCAUCUUCUUCAAGAUCAACGAGAUGUCGGCUCGGAAAACACGAAAAGCGUCAAAUGGAUCGUGAACAAUAUAAAGCUUUAUUAAAAGAAAAAGACCAAAAAAGGAAAGAAGAGCGUCGCAAGAGAAGAGAAGCAGGAACUUUGCCUUUGAAAACGAAACCCGUCAAAAUCAAUAAAUAUCCAUCGUCUAUGUCACUAGUAAUUGAUCUAUCGUUUGAUGAAUUAAUGACAGAUAAGGAAAUUACAGAUUUAUCUAACCAGAUGAACAGAUCUUACGGGGCCAAUCGCUCCAGUUGGCGUCCGGUCAGACUGUAUUUCACCAGUUUCGGUGGUCGCAUCAAAGAACGAUUCAUGUCAAAAGUUAAAGAUUGGGAACGAUGGAAGGAUGUCACGUUUACGGAAAAAUCCUUUGAAGAAGUGUUUGUCGACACAAGCAAGAUAAUCUAUUUGACUGCAGACGCAGAUGAAGUAUUGACCGAUUUGAAUGAAGACGAAGUUUAUAUUAUUGGAGGACUGGUAGAUAGAAAUAGGCACAAGGGCGUCUGUCUACGCAAGGCGCAUGAUCUAGGAAUAGCAUCCGCAAAGCUGCCAAUAUCUUCAUACAUCACAAUGAAAACGAGAUCUGUGCUGACUGUCAAUCACGUCGCCGAAAUUAUGAUAUCAUACGUCAACCGACAAAACUGGGAAAAGGCAUUCAACGAUAUCAUUCCCAAGCGAAAGUUUCAUCUAUUAGGAAAGAAGGAACGACGAAAAGAAGCCAAAUCUCAUGAAAAUAAUCUUACAAAAGAGGACUUUAUUGAUAAUAGUCUAUUACAUAGAUCAGAGUCUAUGCCACAGCUACCACAUUUGGCAUAUUAG